AUGGUAAAGAAAGAGAAGAAUCCCAUUAAGAUAGAUUAUGAAAACUGUAUAGUGGAAGGCUGUUUAGUACAGGUCAAAAAUAAUAUUCAAGGAAACAAUCCUAAUUUAAUAAAAGUUUGGACAAUCGAUAUAAACCCAAAAGACUCAGGUAGUGUUAUUGCUUUCAUAAGAAAAUAUCUCCAAAAAAAUGAUCCUGUUACCUUCACACAUGUUAAAAGAAUUCAACCAUUUAAGGAAAAGAAUAUCUUAAAGAUUAUUUUAUGUUCAGCACAAUUGCAUGAUGAGAAUUCUAGGUUACUUUUAGAGAACUUGCUAAAUGGUUACAAUAAUCAUGUGAACAUUGAGAAUGAAAGCAUCGAGGUCAAUGAUAAAAUAAAUGAUAACAAAAACAGAAGAAAACCUCUACCUAAAGCAUUUCAAUUUAAUAAUUUGGAUUGUAUAUACAGUAUUCCCUUGAAUCUUCCUCCAACAAAAGAUAUAAUGAUUGAAUGGUCAAAAAAAUUCUGGCCGCUGAAUUGGUGUGGAAAUCCAAACGAUCAAAUUUUAAAUGAUAUGGAAUUUAAUAUAAAUUGGAUCAGAAGUCAUUUAAAAAAUAUUUCUAAAUUGGCAAGUGAAUUAGGUAUACAAAACACUAACAAAAAAUCAAUACCAGUAGUGACAUCUUUCGUUAGUCCUUUAGACCCAACUGAUAUCAUAACCACGAUAGAUGAAAGAGAAAAUUUAAAUCCAUUAGAUCAUAGCAUAAUGUGUGGCAUUAAAAGAGUCUCGGAACUAGAAAGGAGCAGAAGAAUACAAAAUAAACAACAAGAUGUUAAUUACUUGUGUCUAAACUUCGACGUAUACACAACACAUGAACCAUGUUCAAUGUGCUCCAUGGCAUUGAUUCAUUCUAGGAUCAAAAGAUUAAUAUUUAUUAAACCCAUGAAAAAGACAGGUUGUUUGAAACCUGAUAGUGGGGAUGGUUAUUGUAUGCAAGAUAAUAAAAAUUUGAAUUCAAAAUAUGAGGUUUUUCAAUGGAUUGGAGGAGAAUUUCAAGAUAUACCAACAGUUUCUGAUAAAAUAUGUUGUUAA